AUGAUCAGUCGUGCCAGAGUGUCCUUCCCCUCCCUGGUGCGAGAGGCCGAGGCGCAGGCUGCCGCAGCGGCCUGCCCCGAGCCUUGGGCCCUGGACCUCCCCGCGCCAGCCCCCGCCGCCCUCCCGCCCGACCUGUGCAGCAGCGGGUUCACCAGGGCCGCCACCCGCCUGGUCUCCCUGCUCCUGGAUCAAGGGAGCUCCGGGCAUGGCCUGGAGUGGGGCCUGGGUCCUGGCCUGCCUUUCUUCCUUCGGGGCAGGCUGCAGAGCCUGGUCAGCGUGGAGCGGGACGGCGCGGUGGCUGCCAUAGCACAGCGCGUGCAGCGGCGGCAUGCCACCCCCCUGACCAAGCGCUGGGAGGUGCAGUAUGUGCCCCUGCCGGGGUCGAACGACACGGCCCACGCGACGGGCUGGCGCUACGUCAACUGCCCCGUGCCGCCCGACGCCGCGCUGCGCUUCAUCUCCGUCGGGCGCAGCUCCCGCGCCGCCGUGCUGAAGCGCGCCGUCGGCAUCCUCAGACCCGUGGACGGGGUCCUGGUGCUGCCCGACGUCUCGCGGGAGGAGGCGCUGCAGGCUCGGAGCGUGGUGCCCCCGCACUGGCAGUGGCACCACAGCGGGGCGGCCGCGCGUGGGACGCUGGUCUUCCUUUCCUGCACCCCCGAGGCGUGCGGCUUGGAGCAGGUGUCGGGCGCGGGCUGGCUCGAGGGCGGGGCCGGCGACUGGGGUCGCACAUGA